AUGAAGCUUCUCACGGGCCUGAUUUUCUGCUCCUUGAUCCUGGGAGCCAGCAGCGACCUCUCAUUUGUUAGAGAGGCUACUCUUGGGGCUUGGGAUAUGUGGCGAGCCUAUAGGGACAUGAGAGAAGCCAAUUGGAUAGGGGCAGACAAAUACUUCCAUGCUCGGGGGAACUAUGAUGCUGCCAAAAGAGGCCCUGGGGGCGUCUGGGCUGCUGAGGUGCUCAGUGAUGCCAGAGAAAAUGUUCAGAGUUUCCUGGGUCGUGGGGAUGAUGACACUCUGGAGGACCAGAAAGCAAACCGUUGGGGUCGCAGUGGCAAUGACCCCAAUCACUUCAGACCUGCUGGCCUGCCUGACAAGUACUGA